GAUCGCGGCCGCCGCUGCUGCCGCCGCCGUCGCAGGCACGGGCGCGGGGAGCGGAGCCAUGGCCGAGGGCGAGGACCUGCAGACCUUCACCUCCAUCAUGGAUGCGCUCGUCCGCAUCAGCGUGACGCUCCCGCUCUCUCCGCAGACCAGCAUGAAGAACAUGGAGCGAGAGCUGGUGUGCCCGGUGUGCAAGGAGAUGUACAAGCAGCCGCUGGCGCUGCCCUGCACCCACAACGUGUGCCACGUGUGUGCCAGCGAGGUGCUGCUGCAGAACGGCCACCUCUACUGCGACCCCACCUCCGAGCCCACCUCGCCCGCGGCCACCCCGUCCACCCGCAGCCCCCGCCUGGGCCGCCGGGCUGUCCCCAAACCUGACCGGCUCGACCGCCUCCUGAAGUCAGGCUUUGGCACCUACCCGGGGCGCAAGCGGGGUGCCGUGCACCCCCAGACCGUCAGCUUCCCAUGCCCUGCCUGCCAGCGGGACGUGGACCUGGGCGAGCGGGGCCUGGGCAGCCUCUUCCGCAACCUGACGCUGGAGCGGGUGGUGGAGCGGUACCGGCAGACCAUCAACAUCAGCGCAGCCAUCAUGUGCCAGUUCUGCAAGCCCCCGCAGCUGGAGGCCACCAAGGGCUGCACGGAGUGCAAAUCCAGCUUCUGCAAUGAGUGCUUCAAGCUCUACCAUCCCUGGGGCACCCAGAAAGCCCAGCACGAGCCCACGCCCCCCACCCUCACCUUCCGCCCCAAGGGGCUGAUGUGCCCGGAGCACAAGGAGGAGGUGACUCACUACUGCAAGACCUGCCAGCGGCUGGUGUGCCAGCUCUGCCGCGUGCGCCGCACCCACACCAGCCACAAGAUCACCCCGGUGCUCAGCGCCUACCAGGCCCUCAGGGAGAAGCUGACAAAGAGCCUCGCCUACAUCCUGAGCAGCCAGGACACGGUGCAGACCCAGAUUGCCGAGCUGGAGGAGACAGUGAAGCACACAGAGGUGAACGGCUCACAGGCCAAGGAAGAGGUGUCACAGCUGAUCCAGGGGCUCUGUGCCAUGCUGGAGGAGAAGCGAGCCACGCUGCUGCAGGCCAUCGAGGAGUGCCAGCAGGAGCGGCUGGCCAGCCUGCACGGCCAGAUCCGGGAGCACCAGGCCAUGCUGGAGAACUCGGGCAUGGUGGGCUAUGCCCAGGAGGUGCUGAAGGAGACUGACCACCCCUGCUUUGUGCAGGCUGCCAAGCAGCUGCACAACAGGAUCCUCAGGGCCACCGAUUCGCUGCAGAGCUUCCGUCCUGCAGCCAACGCCUCCUUCAGCCACUUCCAGCUGGAUGUCAGCAGGGAGCUGAAGCUGCUCACUGACCUGGCCUUCAUCCGAGGCUGCGGCCGCUGCCGAGGCGUCACCGAAGUAACUGAGGCAAGUCACACCCCUGCCCCAGAGCCGCCCCACUCUCUCUUCCCAUCCCUCCAUCCCUCCAUCCCGCUCCCGCCCUGUCCCCGCUCCGCUGCCAUCCUCCAUCCCCGUCCUGCCCGCUGGCGUUGGCAGCCAGUGGCUCUGCCUCCUCCAUCUGCUGCCGCUCCUCCUGCCCUCCCACCUCCUCUUGCCACAUUUCCGUCCCCAUCCUCGCCCCAUUUCCGUCCCACUCCUUGCUCCAUUUCCAUCCCCUUCCUUGCCCCAUUUCCAUUCCCUCUUGCCCUGUUUCCAUUCUCUUCCUCACCCCAUUUCUGUCCCCUCUCACUGUGUUUCCAUCCUCUUCCUCGCUCCAUUUCUGUUCCACUCUCACUCCACUUCUGUCCCAUUCAUCACCCAAUUUUCUGCCCCCUCCUCAUCCCAUUUCCACUCUCCCUUGCCCCACUUCAACCCCAUCCUUGCCCUAUUUCCACUCUCUUCUCGUCCUGCUUUCAUUCCCCUACUUUCCAUUUCCAUCCCAGUCUCACCCCAUUCCCACCCCAUUUCUCACUCCAUUUUCUUUCUGUCCUUGCCCCAUUUCCACCCCUCUCCUUGUUUGAUUUUCUUUCCCCUCUUGUCCUGUUUCCAUCCCCUUCCUUGCCCCAUAUCUGUCCCUCCCCACCCCAUUUAUAUUCACAUUCUUCCCCCAUUUAUGUUCUUGUCUGCACCCCGUUUCUGUCCCACUCUCACCCCAUUUCCAUCUCUGCCCACUCCAUUUCCACUCCUCUCCUCAUCCCAUUUCUUUCCCCCCUUGCCCCAUUCCCAUCUGCCUCCUCACCCCAUUUCUGUCCUGCUCUCCUCAUUUCUGUCCCUUUCUACAUCCCGUUCCCACCUUGUCCCUGCCCCAUUGUUGCCCCAUUUCCAUUCUCCUUCUGUCUGUAUUUCCAUUCUACUCUCAUCCCAUUUCUGUCCUCUUCCUCUCCCCAUUUUCAUCCCUCUCCUUGCCCCAUUUCUACCUCCCUCCUCAUCCAGUUUCCCUUCUCUUCCUUGCCCCAUUCCCAUCCUUUCCUCACCCCUUUUCCACCUAUCAUCCUUUCAUCUCUCCUUCCCACCCAGCCUCUGUUCCUGCCAGUACCUUCUACCACCCUGCAUCCCCAUCUCCUCCUCCUCCUCCUCCUCUUCCACUGCCUCCAUUCUCUCUCUCUCUCUCUCUCUCUCCUCCCUCCUGACUUGCACUCGGCCUGUCUGGUCCCUGGAGCCCCACAGCAGCAGCUCCUCUGUCUCCCUGACUCUCGCUCUCCUCCGGUGCCGACACACGGUCUCCGCAGUCAGACCCCUCUAGACUCCGCUGGUCGUGCGUCCGUCCGUCCGUCCGGAAUCCCGGAAUGUCCCCUCCCUGCGUCCGGCCGCCUCCCCGCCCGCGGGCUGGGGGAUGCUGCCUGAUGCCCGCCGCUGCCUCUCCCCGCAGCACCUGAGGCCCCCGUCAUCGACACGCAGCGCACCUACACCUACGACCAGAUCUUCCUGUGCUGGCGGCUGCCGCAGCACUCGCCGCCCGCCUGGCACUACACCGUGGAGUUCCGCAAGACCG